CGGUCGCAGGGUUUGAGUGUGACACAGCCCGGAGACUGCUAUAGAGAACCGGGAGCUAUUGGGUGGGAGCAGGCGGUCGUCAUGAGGAGAAGCCAGGUGAUAGCUGCAGAGUCUGUGGCAUGUUUAAAUACAGCGUUGGCUCGCCUGCGAGAUAUCUGGGAAGAAAUAGGAAUACCAGAGGACCAACGGCUGCAAAGAACUGAUGCCGUGAGAACCCAUGUGAAUAAUCUUCUUUCAAGCAUGAUUGAAGAAGAAGAAAACUUGAGGGAGCGUCUUCUUAAAAGUAUAGCUGUUUGUCGCAAAGAAUUGGACACACUCUGUCUAGAGCUAAGACUUGCUCCCUUUGAGGAGGAUGAAGACAGCACAAUUUUGCAACUAGAGAAAGAUUUAAGAACACGUGUUGAAGUCAUGUUAAAGCAAAAAAAGGAAAGAAUGCAGGAGCUUAAAUCAUUAAAGGAACGAGAUAAUGAUUUAUGUGAUAUUCUUUGCGCAACUCCCUUCUACAUAGAAACUACCUGCGUUCCAAGCCUGGAGGAACUUGACCAGUUUAGGAGGCAUUUGGCGGGGCUAUCUGCUGAAAAGGUACGGAGGGAAGCAGAAUUUGUAAACACCAAAAAGCAGAUAAUUCUGUGCAUGGAGGAAUUGGAUUACCUCCCUGAUACCAGUUUUGAACGGGAUGUCGUGUGUGAAGAAGAAGAAGCUUUUUGUCUUUCAAAAGAGAAUUUGGCUGCUUUGCAACAGCUCCUAUUUCAGCUGGAAGAACGGAAAAUAAAAAAUCAAGUCUUAUGUGAAGACCUGCGGGCUAAAAUUGUUGAACUGUGGGAUAGACUUCAGAGUUCUGAAGAAGAACGGAAUGCAAUUGAUAUGUACCUGACCGGAUCAAAACCAAGUGUCAUUAAAGCGUUACAAGAAGAAGUUGAUCGUCUUCAAGAGCUCAAGUUGCAAAACAUAAAACAUGUUAUUGAGGCAAUUAGGAAAGAGAUAAUCUUGUAUUGGGACAAAUGUUUCUACAGCAAUGAGCAACGGCAAGCAUUUGCUCCUUUAUAUGAUGAGAACUACAGUGAAGAUUUACUUUGUCUCCAUGAUGCUGAGAUUGAUAAUAUAAAGCAAUACUAUGAGGUGCACAAAGAACUAUUUGAAGGUGUGCAAAAGUGGGAAGAGAAUUGGCGUCUCUUCUUGGAAUUUGAUAAAAAAGCAACAGACCCAAACAGAUUUAUGAACCGAGGUGGUAAUCUUUUAAAAGAAGAAAAGCAAAGAGCAAAGCUGCAGAAAAUGCUCCCAAAGUUAGAAGAAGAGUUAAAACUUCGUAUUGCCGGAUGGGAGCAGGAGCAAGCAAAACAGUUCACUGUUAAUGGGAAGAACUUCAUGGAUUAUGUUGCAGAACAAUGGGAGAUGUUUCACCAAGACAAAGAGCGAGAAAAACAGGAGAGGUUACAAAAAAAGAAUCGCCAACUAGAAAAGGAGAUGUUUUAUGGGAGUAUCCCUAAAACCCCUACCAAACGAAGAGUGCUUGGAUCCACUACUCCAGGAAAAAUGCGUAAGCUUAAUGGCACUUCCAUCUCCAGUUCUGCUUCCAACAGCACCCUUCGCUCUGCAUUCAGUGGGACUGUUUGUCACUCCCCUGUAUCACGUCCACCCCUGUCUGGUGGCAAGCCUGGACCAUCUUCACGGACUCCAAGCAGAGUUUUCAAAACACCCCAGACAAGAAGGCUAGAGAACAAAGAAAAUAUUUCCCAUUUAAAUGGAACCGCCAUGAGCGGUGGGUGCCAUCUCCAAAUUCCUGCCCAACGUAACAUCAGCGUUAACUCUGUUGCCAGCACCUAUUCUGAGUUUGCGAGGGACUCUACAUAUACUGACUCUACAAGUACACAUUCCAGCGAGAACUUUCAAAAGCUACAAAAUCUAACCCCAACACCAGAAUCCUGAACUCUACCAUCACGAAUAUGCCAACAUAACAUCAGGAGCCACUGCCACAUCAGAGUAAAGAACCAAGCUAAGACUUAUCGUACAGUGCAUGUGGUUUUGACUGAAAUCAAACUUAUUGCAAAUUGAAUUCUAUUGGUUCUUGGAGGGGAAAAAAGAAAGACGUUUCCUUUCUCCCUCUAUUGGACUCCUUACUGGAGAAACCCUGCACCAGCGGUCACAUUAUUUGCUUUGAAUUAAAAGCUAGUGACCAUGCAAGUUUUGCACUCUUAACCUCAUCUCCUUAGCAUAUAUUUUAAUGAACUGUAGCUUUAAAAUGUAAUCUACAAACUACCCACAAAUUAAAUAGAUGCUCACACAAUGGUAGUUUGCAUAUAUAGCCUCUGCAAUUUACGUUUUACUGUAAAAUAAAUAUUCUGAUUCUUUUAUAUGAAUUUUAUGGCUACAAUCAUCACUGCAAUGUUUAAUGUUUAUUUGUAUAUAUACGGUUUUUGUUGUUUUUUUUUUAGGUUUAAAAUAAUCAAACACUUUGGCACCUUUUUUUGUUGAUGUCACUACAUCUGUCCCACAAAGCUUUUUUUUUUCUUUUUAAUUUGUCCAAAUGAAUACGGAUUUCACAUAAUGUGGCAGUCUGUGAAGCAGAAAGGCCUCUUACUACCUGGGUACACAAUACUACACUACAAUAACAUAGUUCCCUAUAGUAAUAAUUGCUUCAUAUACUGCUAUUUUAUCAACACUUAUACUUUGUAUAUACUGACAAUAGUUAAUUUAUAGCACUUCAAAAAAAAAAUCUGCAUUUUUAAUCUUUUAGAGAUAUUUUUAGCAUAAUUUUGUUAACUUUCUUUCAAGGUUGGGCUGAAGAAAAUAUUACUGUAGCUACAUAGGAAGAAAGUGUCUUACAGUUAAUGAGUGAUAUUGUGACAUUUUCUUUCCUAAUAACAUUGUUCCAUUCUUUACACUGGUACUUAUAAACUGCCUAGAAAGAACUGUAGUGAAGACAUUUUAACUGUAAAGCUUGUAGUGUAGAAGGGGCUAACACAAUGACAAUAGGACUAUCAAAUGGAAAAUAUAAAAUAUAGCAACUAUGGAUAAACUCCAGUUUUUGCUCAAGGCCAUGGAGCCUUUUAGUGAACAGUGUGAAAUUUUAGCAAAGCUUAUUUUAUGGUGUGUGCUGUUUAUGCAGGGAUCACCCCUUUACUCUGCUUAGAGAGUAGUCUGUUUAUGCCAACUAAUGAUUUAUAGAUUUCCAGCAUCAGCUGAGAUCACAGCUUUACUAGAGCUUCAAAUUUACACUAUAUCAAGAUUCCGUGUAAAAUCCUAAUGUGCAUGCUAUUAAUAUCCUCUGCAAGUGCAGAGAGAGAAAUUCAGUCACUAUUUCAUUGUAAUGCAUUAUUCUGCCUAAGGUUUGCUGUAAUCAGGUGAUAGUGCUAAUAUCCCAAAUUCCUUAUGACCCAUGAAAUAAGCAGAUGCACUAUGGCACGCAUCAGUAAAAAACAUUUUUCCCAUAUGGGGAACUCUUAACUGGAAUUGAGUAAAGAAAAAUACAAGUGGAGUUUUCCAAAACUCCAUUUCAUUUCAAAUGAUUACGGUAGGGUUGGAAUUUUAGAAGGGUAUUAUUCUAUCAAAGUCAUUAACUAUUUUUAUGUGGUUGAGUAUACAUUUUAGUCCUUGCCAGAUUACCAAUUACAAUGUAUUUGUCUUUCUAAAUUAUGUUGAUCUAACUCUUGUGUAGAACUUGUCUAUUCUGUACUGGACUCUCUUCGUUAUGUAUGGUAUUAAGCUACCAUGAUUUCAGACAUGUUCAGUAAUUUCAUUUGAAUAUUUAGAGGGGAAAAAAAGCUUUGUGGCAAAUGCACAUGGUGCAUUACCUUUGUAUGUUUCGUCUUUGUACAGUUCUUGUAUAGUAAAUUAAAUAUCUAUCUACA